CAUUUUUAUUUCAAGGAAAUCCGAGCCCCAUUACAAAAUGAUUUUCCUCCAACUCUGGUGGGCCCUGAUGGUGUUCAGCGGCCAUGGCUCCUCGCAGCAGGUCUCCAGUGCGGAGGAAAAGCGGGAUCAGGAGAAUCCGGUGCAGGGCAGCGACAAGUUGCUCAGCUUCAGCCGGGCGGUGGAGCUGGCUCGUCCCGAGCUGCAGGAGCUGAAGACCUCCUAUGGCGGCCUGCAGGAGCAGGCUAGUCCGCAGCAGCAGCAGCAGGAGCAGUGCCGGGAUCGGCGGAACUCUAUCGACGACAUGCUCUCCAACUUUGCCCAGGCCCAGGUGGGUGACUCCAAGUCGAAGGCCGAGGAGGAGGAGCACGUGCUGCAGGAGGCGGCGGACGCCUGGUUCCGCAACAUCCAGGCGGGCAUGGCCAAGAGCAGUGCCAACCAGAAGCGUUCCGGCGGCAAACAGGAGCGAUCCCUGGCCAAGAAGAUCAUAGAACAGCAUGCCAAGGACAUGGAGCACACGGAGAUGGGCAAGGUAAAACUGAAAUACAAGGAAGUGGGCGACGAUACCAUUGUCCGCAAGUACCAGGUGACUAAGAGUCCUAUGAAUCCGCAGGACAGUGGCCUCUCCCAUCUGGACAUAAAGCUGAAGCAGGUGCAGCAGAUGCUGAGUGACCAGGAGGGUGUGGAGGCUGUCAAGAAGGAGCAGAGGUCGAAGGAUGGCCAGAAGAAUGUGGAGGAGAGCGGCUGGGCGGAUAAGUUGCCCGAGUUCGGGGAUGCCCCCAUUCCAGAUGGCGUCUACGAGAGUACCCUCAAUCGCCUGGCCUUCCCCCAUGCCACGUCCAACAAGCUGGCCCACGAGGCGAACUACAAGCUCUCCAAGAUCGAGCAGGAGGCCUCCGAGAGGGCCCUGAAAAUCUCCAGACCCGGCAGCAUAUGUGAAGCUUCUCCGCUCAAGCAGAUGAAGCGCAGCUCCUGCAGUGGCUUCAAUCCCAUGAACGAGAUCAAGCUGAAGACCAGCAGUCGACUGAUGCUCAAAGGACUGGGUCCCUCGCUGCCCAGCAACGCCCUGAUGGACAUCCAUCGCAACCAAAUGGUGGACAGCAUGAUCCGGAGGAGGGAGCUGGAGGAUCAGCAGCAGCAGCAGCAGUUCGAGGCAAGUCAGGAUGCCGAUGUGGAGGAUCAGCGAAUGGGCAUUAACAGGGCAAUGGCACCGAACGAGAACUUGGAGUACCUGCAGCCUGUUAAUACCGCCAUGGAUAUGAGUCAAAAUCAAAUGAUGGAGUUGCCGCAGAGCUACGACUACCGAGUGCCCCAGUAUGAUCGCUUUCAUCCCAUCAACCAGCGACAGAUGACCAAUGUGCGGGAUUACGAGAGGAGUAAUCGCAUGCCCAUUGACCUGGAUCGUUACAAAAGGGAACCCCAUUUGGAGGCUUUGGAAGCCAAAGAUCUAUCGGGCUUGGAAGUUUUACCCCUGGGAUCUGGACUGCCUUUAGAAGAUGAAGCUUUACCAUCCCCCAGUGAAGUUGAUGAGGAUCAGAGCAUUUCCGAUCACGAAAUGGCUCUCAAAACUAGUUUGUUGGACGUUAAGGAAGCGAGUGCUUCGAAAGAUCAUGAAUCCAAAGAAAAAGACUUUCAUGGAGAGGUCAAGUUGGAGGACUUGCAUGACGAAGUCAAAUUAGAUGAGGAAGCUUUGAGUAAGCCAGAAGUUAAACUAGAUUCUGAAACUUCGGCCAUUGAGGACAAAAUGGAGGAUAAGUUGGAGACAGAGGCCGAGGUAAAAGUGAAACGUGAAGCAAAGAAGGUUGAAAAGGAGAUGCAGGCCCCUAUCAAAGCUGACACUUUAUCUGCUGCAGUGGUGAAAUCAGAGAAUGAUUUCCCUUUAAAAGAAGUAAUGCCUCUUAAUUUGGACACCAGUAGUGAGCUCCAUUCCAAUACCGAAGCUGAACUGGCCACAAACUCCGAAAGCAAAGACAAUUUGGAAAAACGUGAAAGUGCUGAAACCAAUGAUAGCAUCGACAACCAUGACGGCAAUUCCGAUGGCGAAACGGAGUGCAAAUCGAAGGAGGUGGAUAAGCCGGAAACGGAGGACAGUGUUGUCAAAGUCAACAUCAAGCUAAAGCUUCAGGAGCCCGCAGAGGAAAAAUCCGAGUGCGAGGACAUCAACAAAGUGGAGGCCAAAGAGGCGGCGGCAUCAGCUCCAAAAGUAAAUCCCGAUGCGGUGGUCAAGCUGUUGGCCAAUGAAUUUUCGCUCGAUAAGGAUCGUGGCAAGCGGCAGACGAGGCUUCGCAGAUUUCCCAGGCAGAACAGAAGGUCCAAGAGAUCCUUGGAUGAUAAGGAGCAGCAGUUGGAGCCGCAGCAACAAGAAGCGCAACCACAGCAACAACAUGCGGUGGCCAAACGGUUGGUUCACCUGUUGGACGAUUUCGAAGACCACAAUGGGAAUCGUGUUCGUUUUGGAACUUUGGGCAAUGGUUUGCUCACACCGGAUGCCGAGGAUUCGCUGGAAAGGUCCUAUCCAAGUCAUGAAUUGCUGGCACAUUAUGAUGAACUGGAAGCUGCUCAUGACGAUGAUUCCUCGAAUAUCUACGACCCCACUAGAGAUCUGGUGCCCAUGAUGAAUCAGCGACCCAAUGCAAUGUUUCCCAUGCAGCAGCAGCAACCUCAGCAGGUGCAAUUGCAGCCGCAACAGAUGCAACAGCAGCCUCUGCAGCAACAACAGCAGCUGCAGCAACCACAGCAACUGCAGCAACUUCAGCUGCCACAGCAACAGCAACAACCAGUCCAGCAACCAGAUCUAAACCGUCAACGUCAUCAUUCUUCUAAUUUCCAGGCAAGUUUUAAUUUAACCCAUUUUUUCAAUGAGUUGCAAAAAAUGCAGAAUCUGAAGUCACCACAGCAGCAGCAACAGACUGUGCAACAAAAUCCAGUCGUUCAGCAACCAUUGCCCGUACAGCAGCAAUAUCGGCCGCAACAGCAGCAAUAUCUGCCGCAGCAGCAACCAAUGCAACAGCAACCAAUGCAACAGCAACUGCCCAUGCAACGAAAUGGCCAGCAAUUGCCAAUGAAACCCGUGUCGCCACCGAUUAAGUCCUUUGGAGUCCAUCGAUAUUUUGGACCCUUUUUCAACAAGCAACUGAAGAACGAUCCUUACUUGGCGGCAAUGGCAACCGCGACCACCUUAGAUCCCAGAUGUGUGCCCAUUACCACACCCCUACCUCUUCCUGUUGGGAAUGUAACCACUGAGUCGACCUUGCCUCCUAAUUGCACAACUUCGUUGGCAACAACUGCCGCAGGGACCAGCAUCACCACUUCAGCUCCAACCACUCCAUCGGAGAAUAUUUGCAAUGGUCCAGAUGCCAUGAAGCUCAACGUUACCAUCAAUGCCAAUGUGUGCGGGGACCCGAAAACGAAACAGUUUUAUGGCAAUGGAUCCAUUAGUUUGCUGCCAGCUUAUAGGGGGUUGCAUCCUGGGUCAAGUGAAGAUGUCCAGGAUGUUCGACUUCAUGGAAAUACUGCGCAAUUGGAGGAUAGUCUAGAUGAUCUGGAGGCAAAUGAGGAAAGACGUAUUCGCGAGGUGGGUGAGGAGUCCAAGGAUAAGGGUGGCGAAGAGUGGGAACCAAAAAAGGAUAAUGAAAAGCCAAGGAAGCAAGAAGGUCAUAUGAAAAGGCCUUCCAUUAAAUGGAACGGAAAGAGCCAGUCCAAACAGACUCAUCAAGAAGCACCAAAAAGUGCUCCAAAAGUGGCUCCAAAAGCAGAUCCAAAAGAACAACCAAAAGAAGCAGCUAAAGUUGCCCCAAAAGAAGGACAAAAAGCAGCAGGCCAGUGCAACCGACCGCAGACAGAACCUCUUGAGCCCCAGUCGAAUAGCUACGAAAAGCUGAUCACGGGCAAGAUUUCAGAGGACAUUGUGUCGGCCGUCUUCGAGGCGGUGGGUAACGAUCCGGGCAUGGAUCGGCUGUUGGCCGUUCUGCAGAGGAAUCGCAAGUGCUCGCAGAAGCAGACCAAGAACUUCUACCAGAUCCGGAACGACAAGAACGAGAACUAUUUCCGCCAGACGGAGGACAUGGUGCGAGGCACGAUGGCGGCCAUCAGUAACAUCAUUGAUCAGCAGGUGCGCCGACGGGCCUGCAUUCCACUUCGUCCGGAUCUUCAGGAUUUCUACGACCUGAUUCUCAAGACCUCGAAUGAGGAGCAGAAGAUUCGCGAGAAGAGGCAGAGCUCGCUUCGUGUCCUGGCCGAGGAUUUUAGCCAGGAUGUGCGCCUGCUCGAUCCGGGUAAAAUCAACCAAAAGUCACGGAUCGUCAAGAAGUUACUCCGGCAGUAUGAGGAUUUGCCGAUGGAGGAUCAGCAGGCUGCGUCCGGAGUGCGCGACGAGCUGCUCCUGGAUCUGGUUUACCUAAGGAAAUUGGCCGAUUCCGCGGAGCGCCAUCAGCGGAAUGCCCGUCUGCAGGAGGUCCUGAAGCAGGCCAGUCUGGAUGAGGUCCUGGAGAAGCGCAUGUCCACCGAGUACUCACCGCGUUUUAUUAAACUCCUGAAGACAGCGGAACUCUUCAAGGAGGCUGGCGAACAGCAGGCCAAGGCUUUUGUAGGUCUUUAAUUUACAGAUAACGUAUCCGAUUUUUCCAUUGAGUUUU